AUUCAUAAUAAAAGAAGAAGGUUAAUAUACCUCAACACAAACAUUAAAACUUUAAACGGAGCAUUAAGACUUGUAACACGCCAUGGCCGCCACCCUUAAACCGUAUUUGACCGCUGUACGGCAUUCGUUAACUGCUGCAAUGUGUCUGCAGGAUUUUCCAUCGCAAGUUGUGGAACGGCACAACAAGCCGGAGGUGGAAAUUUGUUCCAGCAAAGAACUGGUGCUCACGCCCAUCGUCGUGUCGCGUAAUGAGAGGGAAAAGGUGCGAAUUGAGCCGUCCAUCAACUCGGUGCGGGUCAGCAUUGCCGUCAAGCAGGCAGAUGAAAUAGAGCGCAUUCUGUGCCACAAGUUUACACGCUUCAUGAUGCGUCGCGCAGAAUCCUUCAUCAUACUGCGACGCAAGCCAAUCGAGGGAUAUGACAUUAGCUUUCUGAUAACAAAUUUCCAUACGGAGCAAAUGUACAAACACAAGUUGGUGGACUUUGUCAUCAGUUUCAUGGAGGAAAUCGACAAGGAAAUCAGCGAAAUGAAGCUGGCGGUGAAUGCGCGAGCACGCACAUGUGCUGAGGAAUUCCUGAAACGUUUUUAAUGUUAAGCUGAGCAAUAUAUCACAAUAGUAUUCCAUAACUGAUUUAAUAAAUAAAUGUGUUUUCCUGUA